ACGCGCACCGGGGCCUCCGCCAUGGCGACCGUGCUGUCCAGGGCGCUCAAGCUGCCGGGUAAGGAGUCGCAUGCUUGCGACCACCCUGUCCCCGCCGGUGUUGGAAUAAGGGGAGGCGAGGCUCUGGGGGCGAGGCCGGUCGGGCCCUGGCCUCAACCCAGACUCAGCUGCAGGCGCCCGGUGCCGAGGAGGGUGCAGUCCCUGGGGGCUGGGGUCUCUGUGCCACCAGAGGGCGAGAGGGGCGCCCAGCGGGACAGGGGUCUCGGGCGCGGGGCGAACCCGGAGACGCGCGGGGAGAGGGCGCCGAGCAGUUGUUACGGCGGGGAGUGUCAGAACGCCGGUCGCCGCUGUCCCGAGGGGAGGCUGGCGAGAGGAGCAUCCUUCCCGAGCGCCGCGGACCCGGCACCGCAGGGACUCCGGCGCCUUCUGUCUUGGCUGGACCUGGGCGGGGGCGGCGGGACGGCGAGUGGCCCUCUGUGGAUCAUCCCCUCCACCUAACGGCAGCAACGACGCAUCCAUGAGGCAGGGAAGAAGAGCCCAGACCUAGGGGAGUAUGAUCCACUCACCCAGGCUGACAGUGAUGAGAGCGAAGACGAUCUGGUGCUUAACCUGCAGAAGAAUGGAGGGGUCAAAAAUGGGAAGAGUCCUUUGGGAGAAGUGCCAGAACCCGACUCAGAUGCUGAGAUUGCAGAGGCUGCAAAGCCACAUCUUUCAGAAGUCACCACGGAGGGCUACCCCUCAGAACCCCUUGGGGGCCUGGAACAGAAGGCGGCCUCCUCCCUGGUGUCAUAUGUGCGCACGUCUGUCUUCCUGCUGACUUUGGGGAUCUCGAUGAUCCUGGUGCUCCUGUGUGCUUUCCUGAUCCCCUGUCCUCCCAGAGAUCUGCACAGCACCUGGAGCCGCCACUUGGGCUCCCAGGGAGGUGGGGACCUGUCUCCAUUGGAAUUGGCUGAUGUGAAUGGAGAUGGCCUGCGUGAUGUGCUUCUCUCCUUUGUGAUGUCAAGGAACGGGAGUGCAGUAGGUGUCUCAAGGCCAGCUGCUAAUCUUGUAUGCCUUUCGGGGAUGAAUGGCAGCACACUGUGGUCUAGUCUUCUCCCUGAGGAGGCUCGAGAUAUCACAUGUUUGGAGCUGAUGCCAGGAAGCUUGGCUGAAACCAUCUGCCUUGUGACAGGGACACACAAGAUGCUCAGCGCAUUCAAUGCAACGUCAGGGAAAGCCAUUUGGACUUUAAACCCAAACUACUUGUCCAACGGUACCUUGGCUGCCCCAGUUGUGGUACUGCCAGACUUGGAUGAAGAUGGUGUUCGAGACCUUGUGGUUCUGGCCAUUGGGGAAUUGCAGCCAGAUCUGUGCUUUCUGCUGGUGUCUGGCCGGACCGGAAAUCCAGUGGGUCGACCUGUGAAGUACAACAUCGUUGGAGUUGGGAAUCUGAUUGGUCCUCAGGUUUACAUCACCACAAACGGGGCUGUCUACAUCCUGUUUGGCUUUGGAAAUAUACAAGCUGUCGCACUGCGGGACAUUUUUGUUCAGGCCCAAAAUCGAGACAGCUCACCACCUUCUCUGCAGAUAGAAGAGCCAGAAUGGGAAAAGCGAAGAUCCAUCAACCUGUCUGAGCUCAUUGAUGUUUACAGUGAUGGUGUUGAACUACUCCAGAUGGUGAAGGCACCAGAUUCCAACUGCAGCAACCUUCUGAUUACAACCAGACAAAGCCUUGUGCUGCUUCGGGGGCAAAAUCUGACACCUUACUGGGCAUUGAGACUUCAAGGCCUGCGCAGCCAACCUACUCCUGGAUAUUUCACUGAUGAUCAGACAUUAGACUUCCUUCUGCAGAUACAGGACGGAGUUGGGAUGAAAAAGAUGAUGGUUGUGGAUGGUGACUCUGGCUCCGUUGUUUGGAGUUACCGUGCUCCGUGUCACAUGAAAGAAACGCCAGCCACCUCAGCAGUUACUUCAGACCAGAAGUCUGUCUUCCUCUUCUGGGCCGAAGGGCUGUCAGCUGCAUCUCCCAAUUCCGAUAUCAUCCUAGGAACUGAGCCGCCCAGCCUUCACCACCUUUACCUCCUGCAUCCUGCGUUCCCCUCCAUCCUUCUGGAUCUGGCCAACACCACCGGCACAGUGACGGCUUCAGAGGUUGGAAUUAACGACCUCUGGAAAGAUGCCUUUUAUGUUACCAGGACAACAGGGCCAAGCUCCGAAGGCCAUCCAGCAGCCCUGGUGGUCAGCAAGCUUAGUCUACGGUGGGCACUAAUGGAGGGCCAGAUGGCUCAGCUACAGGAGUCCACCCCCAAAAUUGGCCGUGGGGAGCUGCGAAGAUUUCUCUCUAGGAUAAAGUUUGUUGAAGCUCCCUACGAGAUCUAAUCUGAUGGAAUCUUCAGUUGCAGAAGAAGUGAACAGAGUGGAUACCCUCUCUACUCUCCUGUCACUGUAAAAUCAGUUCUAUGGAGAGAAGACUUCUUCGUCCUCAUUUACCACCUCCCUGAUGGUUGCAAAGGCUUGGGAAGGCAUGCUGGAGUCUUUGACGGCAGCAUGGUCUAUUUGGCUGGGGCGUCUUACCUACCUUUUCAGUCCCUGCAUUAAUCCCCUCUAGGAACUCUGCGUGGAUCGUUUGGAAAUGUGAAUCUCUUAAGUAUUUAAUUUUUUUGGUAUGUCUAAUUUAUGAAGUCUUGCUGGGAAAGCCAGUGAAGUCUAUGACUAGGAAACAUUUUGUUGUACAUUGUGCUGUGUGUGUGUAUAUUUUAGUGUUGUGGUGAAGUUAUUUUCCAGGUAUGUCCUAAGCUUCAGGGAUCCAGUUUCUUGUCCUUCUGAAAUAUAUCUGGUUUGUUUGGUCAUUUUGAGACUUCCAGAUGCCCUACCUGUGGUGUUGAGGGCCACUUAUUUCUCUCCUUAUUCUUUCCCACCUGUACCUUGGCUACUUCCAAAUUGUAGACAGAGUGAGAAAGAUUUAUAGUGGAAGACUGAGUUAGCCAUCCAAGCAUUUUCAUCUCUUUUGUUUUAUAUCCUAUUUCCUUUGAUUUUCCAUCCAUGUCUAUUAAGUGACCACAAGAAUAACUAUAUUCCUAUCACAAGGGGAGCAAGAGGAUGUAGUCUCAGUGACCCAUCUGUGACCAAGUCCACAUGUUGUGUUAUAUGUGGCUCUGAUGGUUCUGCCAGUCAUGAUCUUUUUUCUGUGGCGACAUCAGAAGUGUAUGUUUGCAUGCUGUCUUCAACUUAGAGGAGAACUGGAAGUCAGGAGCCUUUGAUGUCCUUAUCCUGCUGUAUGUCUUCUCUGCAUCUUUUUCUAUAGGGCACCCUCCUUAGCUCCCCUCACUCUGUUUUCUCUUCUAUUCAGGGAUAUGUUUCUGGACUUUUUCUUCUGCUACUUGAGUCCAGGAUGCAACCAUUUUGUCCUGCAUCUCUCCUUUCCUGUAGAGCCUUUGAAGCAUUGUAUUUUGGGAAAAUUCUUCUGUAAAUACUAUAACUUUUAUAAAUGGUUAAGUUAUUUAGAAUUAUCUCCAGUGCUUACUUCUCCCUUCUUCUGUAUAAAUCUGCUACUUCAAUUAAGUUCUCCUCUAAACUUUUAGGUCAUUGUUUAUAUAGCAGAAAAUUCAAUGUUAGCGGAUGGAAAACUGCUUCUUGAAUAACCUUGAUAGGUCAUCCCUGAGUGCACCUCAGGUUCUCUCUUUACCUGGGCUUGUAUUUUUUUAUUUAUUUAUUUUUUUUGAGACAGAGUUUUGCUCUUGUCGCCCAGGCUGGAGUGCAAUGGUGCAAUCUCGGCUCACUGCAACCUUCGCCUCCUGGGUUCAAGCGAUUCUCCAGCCUUAGCCUCCCAAGUAGCUGGGACUACAGGUGCCCGCUACCAUGCCUGGCUAAUUUUUUUUUUUGUAUUUUUAGUAGAGAUGGGGUUUCACCAUGUUGGCCAGGCUGGUCACGAACUCCUGACCUCAGAUAAUCCACCUGCUUCUGCCUCCCAAAGUGCUGGGAUUACAGGCGUGAGCCACCAUGCCCGGCUGGGCUUGUAUCUUUUAGCUUGUGUUAGUAAAAGGAUUCUAGAAAAUUAUGAAGUCCAGAUUUAAAGGGAUCUCUGUUAAUUACCCACUGACAGGCAUUAUGACCUAACAGGAGGUUGGUAGCAGUAGAUCCAAGCAUGCAUGUUGCCUGGCCUGUAGAUUGGCCUUAUCAGGUUUCUGGGUGCCUCUGCCUUAAGAUCCUGAAGGCAAAUUUUGUUUCAACAGUUUGGAAGUCAUCUGUGGGUCCAGCUUGACUUUGGAGGAAUAAGAAGAUACUUCUAGAGUAUGGGAAUGAUUCCAGAUAAUUUCUGGGAUUUGAAUCUACUUGAGUUUAAGGGCCUGUGACCUAAUUUGGUUUAGUAUAGAAUUUGAAGAAUUAAUUUAUAGGCAGCUGAAUACCCAAAACUCGGGUGGUGGUCCUGUGGUCUGGCUGAGCUGUCCGGGCAUAACCUGGUUCUCUGUUAUGUUAAGGCUUUCUGGGAAGCCAGCCACUAUGCGCAGGAGUGAAACAUGAAGUUGUUUACUGAGGACCUGUUUUGGUGGGAUUGUUUGGGCAGAGGACUGUGUUUAUGCAGGGCAAAUCCCAGAAAGAGAUAAGAGGAAGCCAGAGAAACUUAAUGUACCUGAAUUCUUCAUGGUGUAUUUGCAAACUAACUUAACAUAGAUUCUUUUGACUGUGGUAAGUUUGAAUCUCUCCUUGCCAAACAACAUUGUAAGUUUAGUUUUCUUCUUCCUCUUGCAGCCGGUACAGAAAGGUGUAAGUGGUGGCUGAAAAUUGAGGAAGCUUCAUCUGACCAAUGUGGGUGCUGGUUUCUUGUGAAAUGUGUCCCUAAGCCUCCUUCUCCUUGCAGGCAGCCGCCCACCCAGGUGUCUAAGAUAGGACAUGCUCCUUUCUUUCUCUAAUCCCAUCCUGAGGUUGCCGGCAAAGCCAAUAUGACCACUACUAAGAAAUAGUGAUGAUUUCUACAAAUGCAAGGGUCUUACCCUCCUCUUUCCCUUAAACACCCUCCCUUUUCCUUAGACCCUGUUUUUGCCAUCCCCCAAAUGUGUGGUAUGGUGAAACUAAUCCCCCGAAUGUGAAUUGCUAUCCUUAUUGCCCUAUUAAAGAAGAGCCAGCUGGUAUAUUGUCAGGAAGCACUAUUUAAAAUGUGAACUGUUACAGAGUAAAUAAAUAAAUACUCUACAGGAAUA